AUGCCAAACUACAAACUCAUUUAUUUUAAUAUGAGGGGGAGAGCAGAAAUUAUUCGUUACAUAUUUGCAUAUUUGGACAUAAAAUAUGAAGACCACAGAAUAGAACAAGCUGAUUGGCCUGAAAUCAAGUCAACUCUUCCAUUUGGCAAAAUCCCCAUUUUGGAAGUUGAUGGACUUAAACUUCACCAGAGUCUAGCAAUAGCAAGAUACUUGACCAGAAACACAGAUUUGGCUGGAAAAACAGAACUUGAACAAUGUCAAGUGGAUGCAAUUGUGGACACACUGGAUGAUUUCAUGUCUCGUUUUCCUUGGGCAGAGAAAAGACAAGAUAUAAAAAAUCAGAUAUGUAAGGAGCUACUUACAUGUGAUGCACCUCCUCUUCUGCAAAAUUUGGACACAUACUUAGGGGAAAACAAGUGGUUUAUUGGUGACUCUGUAACUUGGGCAGACUUCUACUGGGAAAUUUGCAGUACCACACUUUUGGUCUUUAAACCUGAUUUGUUGGACAUCUAUCCCAGGCUGGUGACAUUACGGAAGAAAGUCCAAAGCAUUCCUGCCAUCGCUGACUGGAUACUGAGAAGGCCCCAGACCAAACUCUAG